AAUCUACUCUUAAAGCCCACAAGACGAGAUCGUGUGACAGCAGCGUAAUACUACAGAGACGAGAGCAUGAUCUGCCACGAGACGCUACAUGUCUCAAGGGCACAUUUGACGGCUAAUGAAGCAUUCUUCAGCAAAAAGAAACGGAUCGUCCUCGAACUUUAAACAGCAAGGAUUAAUGCGCGUGAUUUAAAGAGACCGAAAACCUGAAUCAAUCAUAGCAGGGAGCUGUACAAGUGGUUGCCUCACAUUGGACAGGCAGUAGCCAGGAAUGGUGGAUCACUUGCUGCUUGAUGAAGAGACUUUCUUUCCUUACACGUAUUUGCUGCCGGCUCACAACCCACCGGAUAUGGUGACAGACGAGGGGGUGUACUAUAUGCUUCCAUCACCAUUCUCAGAGGAUAACCUCAGUGACUCAUCUAGCCAACGUUCCUGUUCCAGCCCUGAGUCUCAGGCGUUGAGCUCUAGUUGUGGUAGCAACUCAAGUGGAGAAAGUCAAGAUGGCCUCCUUGACUUCCUUCACUCUCAGUCCCUAACUGUGAGCCAAAACUCGCCCUCCUCAAACAUGGUGUCUCCCAUGGUUCCCCCUGUUCUUCCCAUGGGUCUGGCUUGGGAGUCGAGACGGGACCGCACCACCAAAGAGGAGUGCUUUGAGUUCCCUGUUUUCCCUGGAGACUUAGAGGACCAUGCAGGGCUACUGUUUCAGCCCACUCUGGAGGAGAUCGAGGAAUUCCUGGAGGAGAACAUGGAAGUGGUGGCCUUGAAAGAGGAAGCUGGAGAGGGUCUUGUGACCUGUGAAAGCAUCCAAGGACCUACAUUAGAUCCUUGGCCUCAAAACUUAGACCAAACAGUGCCUGUCUCAAGUGACAAAGUCGAUGCCAACUCUGAGCCUAAAAAUGUAGGGGGCUCUGCAAAUCCUCAAAACACAUUCAAAAACGAGGACUCUUCUGGGAAGGUAGUGAUGAUGGAAAGUCCUAGCAUGCCUGUGAUCCUACAGCUCCAACCCAUUCAAGUCAAACAGGAAAUGAGCCCUAAAACUGCCCCCUCGACACCAACACCUCAACCUCCCUCAGACAUCAAAAUAACCCAGCUCCUUGUCAACAUCCAGGGUCAAACCUUCGCUCUGGUUCCUCAGGUGACCCCACCGGCCAGCCUUAACAGCUCUUCCUCCAAAUUUGUCCGUAUUGCCCCUGUUCCCAUUGCCGCUAAGCCCUUAGGUCUUGGAGAGAACGGAACAUUUGAUGGCCAGGCAACAGGGCUUGUAGCUGGGGGUCACAAAUUCCAGAAGAGUUCGGUAGCUGAUCUUAUUAAAAUGCACAAGUGUUCUUUCCCUGGCUGUGCCAAGAUGUAUACCAAGAGCAGUCACCUAAAGGCGCACCUGAGGAGACACACGGGCGAGAAACCAUUUGCCUGCACUUGGCCUGGCUGUGGCUGGAGAUUCUCCCGAUCGGACGAGCUGUCACGGCAUCGCCGGUCUCACUCUGGAGUUAAGCCGUACCAGUGCCCCGUCUGCGAGAAGAAAUUUGCCCGCAGCGAUCACCUGUCCAAACACAUCAAAGUCCAUCGCUUUCCACGAAGCAGCAGGACAGCGCGCAAUGCACACUGACCCCACACAACCUCCCGCCAUGGAGAGAGAAAGAGAGAGAAAGAAUGAACAAACAGAAGAAAGAGGGAAAGACAGAUUCAUUUGUGGUACUGUGAUAAUUUAUUACGCGAGGCUCGGAUGAACUGAAGAAGAGUUGGUUCUGAAACGGUUACUUGACUCGUCGGCCUCACAGAUGUCGCAAGCUUCGUAGAUUGUAUUUUUGUAGUGUUCAUAAUUGUUUCUUUGUUUCGAGAACAAUUUCUUUCUUUUUUUUCGCAACAAAAUGUUCAAAACGUUUUUUUUGUUGUACUUUGAGGUAUGAAUUGUUGAUGUAUCUGCCAGUCAUCAACAUUCCUUGUUCAAAAUCACGGUGAAGUCGCUUCUUUUUGCCAACGUAAUGUGUUUAGCUCCUCUAAACCAAAAAACUAUACAAAAACAACUGGGGUUCAUUUGAACUACUGAUCAUUGGUAGGACUGUGCCAUUAUAAGCUAUUGGCAAACACAGAGGCUUUUCCUCUUGACUUUCAGUUGAAUGCUAGCAAACUGUGAAACGCCUCUUGGACAGACCAUAGAGCGAAUCAACGGAAGUCAAAACACGCACAUUUGACAGAUGUGAAUGGACCUUCUGAUCAGUAUUGAAUUUUUCUCUGAUGUUUUAGUUGAUAAUACAAAACCUGUUCAUUUUUUUUUUUGUCAUUGGUUGCUUUCAUCAUAAAAAAAUUAAAACAAGAUACCUUCUGG